UUUCAGCACAACACCGGACGUGACGUAACUUUCCUUCCCCACGCACGUCUGAGAUUAAGCUAGCAAGUUAGCAAUGUCAAGUGUCGAGGAAACGUCAAAUGAGUCAGCGGAGGUUAAAGAAGACAAAGAUUUUGAUGUAGAAAAUGAGGACCACUUCGGGGAUGAUUAUGGUCUCGACCCAACAAGAUAUAUGUUUUACAGAGACAGAAAGGAGUGGGCUGACCUGGAACCCGUUCCUCAAGAUGAUGGACCAAAUCCUGUAGUGAAGAUCGCCUACUCGGAAAAGUUUUCGGAUGUUUAUGACUACUUCCGUGCACUCCUAAAGAAAGAUGAAAGAAGUGAAAGGGCUUUCGCUUUGACAGCAGAGGCCAUUGAGCUGAACGCUGCAAAUUACACAGUCUGGCACUACAGACGAGUACUACUGCAAGCAUUAUCAAAAGACCUGAGGGAGGAGAUGAGGUACAUUACAAAUAUUAUCGAGGAGCAGCCCAAAAACUAUCAAGUCUGGCAUCACAGACGUAUGGUGGUGGAGUGGCUGAACGACCCUUCGGAGGAACUGGAGUUUAUCGCAGACAUUCUCAGCCAAGAUGCAAAGAACUACCACGCCUGGCAGCACAGACAGUGGGUCAUCCAGGAGUACAAACUCUGGGACAACGAGCUGGAGUUUGUGGAGAAUCUUUUGGAAGAAGACGUGAGGAAUAACUCUGCAUGGAACCAGAGGCACUUUGUAAUUUCUCACACUACAGGCUUCUCUGAUCCAGCUGUGGUGGAGAGAGAGAUUCAGUAUUGUCUGAAUCAAAUCAGGAAGGCUCCUCACAAUGAAAGUGCAUGGAAUUAUUUGAAAGGAAUGCUGCAAGACAAAGGUCUGUCGACUCAGCCGGGUCUGCUGGAGAGGGUCCUGGAGCUAAAGGAGACACACUGCUCUCCGUAUCUUCUAGCAUUCCUGUUUGAUUGCUACGAGGAUGCCUUAGAGAACAUCAUUCAGAAGGAAAAUAUGCAGGAUCAGGACCGACAAGAAACUUUAAGGAAGGGGUUAGAGAUUUGUGAACUUCUGGCACAAGAGAAGGACACCAUUCGGAAGGAGUACUGGGAGUUUUUGGGACGUUCUUUAAGGAGCAAAUAUGGGGACGGCAGUCCAUGUGACAAGCCGGUUGCAGGCGAUGACGAGCCAGCAGUUCCAGCGUCUGGGCCCCAGGAGGUCAGCUAGACCUCCAGGAGUCGCGCCACGUCUACACUCCCUUCCAUGUUUCUUUAACUUGGUUGGCAGAAUCAACUUAUGGAGUUUGAGAUUACAAUGAAUGUUGUGUGUAUUGCUAAGGAAGCUUUGAAAAAUAAUCACCAACAUGAGGCCACAUUGGAUAAGUAUUCAUUCAUAUUGUCCAGCUUUUUUUCUUUCCAUAAGUACACAAUAAAAACAUCUGGAACUGUAAAAAUGUUUGCUUCUGAAAUGGUUACUGAUAAACCUGUGAGUGUGUUUGCAUGCACAGUAAUAUCUAACUCAACCAGUCUUGAGGGUUAUUAACAUUUGAUGGAGAAAAACAAAUGUGUUAUUUGCCAGUAGAUCAGAUAUGAUGGUUGGACACAAACCCACCGUUGACUAAGAGAAUCUGUUGAUUGGAUGUAUUUGUGUUUUAACUGAAGUAACAAGCAGUUUGUAGAAAUAAAGCAGAUUAGAAAUGUA